GGCAUUAAAUUCAUUACUCAAUAUCCUCCGUGAGCAUGAUUUGAAUCUGCCAAAAGAUGCCAGGACACUAUUAGGAACAGUGCGUUCCAACAGAUCUGAAAUACAGAACAAGGCUGGUGGCCAGUACUAUCAUUUUGGCCUACUUCAAUCUAUUUCAGGGGUACUCUACAAGAACAUGGACAUUCUGAGAAACAUGAGCAAUUUGGAGCUCCAAGUGAACAUUGAUGGUCUGCCUCUCUAUAAGAGUUCAGCAACUCAAUUCUGGCCUAUUCUCGGAACUGUUCAAAACUUGGUGCAGGAGGAACCAGUGACAAUAGGUUUAUUUUGUGGUGCUGGUAAACCUAGCUCACUGGAUGAGUAUCUCCAAGACUUCAUCUGUGAAAUAAAAGAAUUGGGUAAGGGUUUUGAAUUUGAGGGAGUUAAGUUAACACUAAAGAUUACCUCGAUGGUUUGUGACGCACCUGCACGUGCAUUUCUAAAAAAGGUCAAAGGACACACAGGCUACCAUGGAUGCGAAAAGUGCAUUCAGGAUGGCGUUUACAUGGAGAAUAGAAUGACCUUCCUGAAGAAUAGAAUGACCUUAAGAAAUGAUGAGAGUUUCCGAAAUAAAACCGAUUCGGAUCACCACCAUGGCACCUCACCUCUGGAAGAAACCUCACUGGACAUGAUCUCUGGAUUUCCCCUUGAUUACAUGCACCUUGUGUGCCUUGGAGUCAUGAGGCGGCUGCUCCUCUUGUUGCUUCGGCUAGGUCCUCUCAUGUGCAGGCUGUCAGGAUUCCAAGUCUCUGUGCUGACAGAAAGGUUGGUUGGUGCCCAGAAAAAUGUGCCCAUGGAAUUUGCACGCAAACCAAGGGCACUGAGGGAAAUAGAUCGAUGGAAGGCGACUGAAUUUAGACAAUUUUUAUUGUACACAGGCCCGGUUAUGCUAAAAGAUCUACUCACCACAGAGGUGUACAAAAACUUUCUGCUGUUUUUUGUUGGAAUUUUCAUCUUGAGCAAUAACAGCCUAAUUGGAGAUCACAUUGACUAUGCCAAUGAUAUUCUGCGACUAUUUGUCACACACUUUGGACAGCUAUACGGCCCCAAAUUCCUGUCCUACAAUGUUCACUGUCUUGUACAUCUUGCAGAAGAUGCAAAGCACCACGGCGUCCUCAACAACUUCAGCGCUUUCAAGUACGAGGACCACCUGCACAAGCUGAAGAGACUCCUGCGGAAACCUACAUGUCCACUGAGUCAGAUUGUAAGAAGGUUCUCUGAAAUGCAAAGGUGCAGCAAAGAAAAAGAGAAAAACAACCCACAGCUGCUCAGAAAACUACAUACAGCUGGCCCUCUACCCGAAUCUUUUCAAGGAGCUUCACAGUACAAAGAAAAAAAAACAUGCUCUUACACUCUGAAACUGGACCAGGCUAACAGUUUUGUUUACAUUGGCGGUAAAGUUUCAAAACUGCAAAAUAUAAUUUCAGUGAGGGAUGAAAUUUAUGUGGCCUACAGUACCUUCAACAAUCAUGAACUUUUUUUUGACUAUCCCCUUCCAUCCUCGGCACUUGGUGUUCAUCGAGUUGAUGACCUCUCAAGAACAACUAAUUUCUGCAAGCUGGAGAAUAUUGAGGGGAAAGCUUUCUUAGUUCCUUACGACCGUUAUUUUGUUUCAGUUCCUCUUUUACACACACAAUAAUUAUUCUUUUUACUUUUGAAUAUAUGUGCUUUUUGUUUUGUUACAUGUGUUUAGAAUCAUGCAUAUGAACAACUGAAAUUUAAUGAAUGUCGUUAAACAUUAUGGGGCUCUAGGUUGUUGCAGCUUAACAAACAAAAAACAACAACCAAAAAAACAUGUACCUGAUAGUGGAGUUUGUGGGAGAAGGGACAACUGGACCUGUAGCAAAGUCCUGGUACUCAGAUGGCCAAUCGUGGUGGCCUCCAUUCAAAGACUUGGACCGGUUGCUGAAGAGUGUCAGGAUGAUGGAGGCACCAUAGCCAGAUAAAGGGUGGACCAAACAUCAGGCCAGAAUUCUGCACGAGUCAGCAUCUUUUGACAAUAUUUCCAAAAAAUGGAAAAAGGCAUGCUACACUUCUGACAUUUCCGAAUCUGAAAUUCCUGGAAAAAGAAUUCACAA